AUUUCGACAUAUUUCAGUUCAGUCGGCUGUGGGGAGAAGAAUACAUGAGAGGAAAAUUAGAAUGAAUACACCUACAAACGAUUUAAUUUUCAAUAUCAAGACAUUUGCCAUUUCGAAUAAUACUUUUUAAAAGUGGUUCUCUUCAUGGAUAUUUUCAUACCGAUAAUUCUCAGUCUCAUCGGACUUCAGCGACGUCUCUUUGGCAAAGGAAAUACGCCUUCUGAGCAGGGGAGCGAGCAUCAAGCCGUGGCGAGCCAAAUAUAAACAAGCCUUAUGAUAACACUGAACGCUGUAUGUUCCCCCGAGGUCCAAGCGGCUGUAGAACCCCCAGAAAGCUGCAGCCAUGUUAGCCUGCCUACAGAGACGGCAGCAGAACCUCUCAUCUCAGCACCUGGUCUGCACCCCCAAGAUCCUGGAUGCUCCCCCACAGCAGCCGCAGCCCAGCACGAGAAAAAGUGAGCUGUCCUCCAUGAAUGGCCCUCGGUAUCCAUCCCCUGCAGAGCUGGAUGCCUUUGCCCAGAAGACGGCCAGCAGCCCCCUGUCCAUCAAGAUCUUCCCAUCCAACAUCAGAGUGCCGCAGCACAAACAGCUGAACAGGACGGUCAACGGCCUGGACACCACAUGCACCCAGCACUACAGUCCCUACUCAGGAGCCUACCAGGGCCUACUGGGUGUUGUAAAGGCCUCCGUCUCCGUGGUCAAAGGCGUGCUGAAAAACUCUGAGGGCAAGAGGACGAAACAUUCCCCCGCCCAAACUGCAGCGGCACCAUACAACCCUCUCAGUAACAACAGACACGGGCAGCAGAAGAGCUACCACAUGGGCUCCUGCAAGCCUCCUGACGGGCCCAAAAUGGCUGUUCCCUCUAAUAUCAUUGUUGCUGCCUCUGUCAUCCCCACCCCAGUAGGACAGACUCUGGCCUCUCAGUCGGACCUGGACGUCCAGAGCCUGCUGAGGCAGAUGAACAGACACUCCCACAGCCAGGCCCUGCAGCACGGGGGAGAGGCCCAGCCGAGCCCCUCACGCCAGGCUGUGGCUGCUGUGGCCUGCUCAGACUCUGGCUUUACCUGGGGAGUGGUGCCCCAGAGCAGCCUAGCGUACUCCGGGGCUGUGCUGCCUACCCAGAGCGCAGACAUGGCCCAGGCUGGCUACCUGGAGAGAGUGGACUAUAGCAUGUGGCAGCACCAACAACAACAGCAGCACUACCAACAGGGGGCGCUAAGGAUGUACAACAAUGCUCGAAUGGGCAGCGGGGGAGGGGCCGUGGUCAGCCGCUCUCCAGAGACCUGUCUCCCUUUGGCCUGCUCAGCACAGCUCUCCUAUAGGCACCAUCCCCUCAGUGCAGGCACUAACGGGGCAGGAGCAGGGAUUGGGCAGGACCGGGUUAGCUCCUCCCCUCUGAACUGUGCUGCUAUGCAUGGGGAGUUCUCUGUGGGCCAGUACUUCGCCCCUCCCUGGAACAGUGUUCUGGUCACCCCGGACAGUGACUGUUACAACCCUCAGGAGCUGGUGCCUGGUUCCUCUAUGGGCCGGGCCAGAGACAUGGGGCUCUCCCAACCCCACCCUCACCCAAACCAUCACCCCAACCACCAGCUCCACCCCCACCACCAUCCUCACCCCCAGGUCUACGCCACAGACCAAAGCUUGGGCAUCUGUUGUGGGCUGCCCAGCACCAGCCUGUGCCACGCUUCUGUGCUGAGCAGCAGCCUGCAGUCUCUGGAGUGCCUGAUCAGUGAUCUCCACCCGCCCUGCAUCAAGGAGAGCAUGCUGGGACGGGGCUACGAGGCAGUGGGGAUGCCAAGGCUACUAGACCACAACCUACAGCACACCCACGUCCAGCUGCCUGUGUUCAGAUAAGACAGGAUGUGUCCACACAGGGCACUCAGACUGAAAUAUUCUGUAAAACAGGAACUCCAUGGAUGCAGGUGUGUAAUUUUGAAGAGACCACCUCAGAAUGAGAAACGUACGGUACCUUUUUAUUUAGCGUGUGUGUUGUAUUGGUACAGGGCUAUGUGGUUUGGAAUUGACCAAGUGUUGUAAACCUUAAAAGGGUAAUGAUAAUCAUGACUGACCUGCAGGGUCAUCUUAUUUGACGUCUUAAUGUUUUCAUGGCGGAGGAUUUGUCGAUCAAUCAGAGAAUCAGUUCACAUCUGCCACAUUUGUUCCUCAGAAUAAUGUGUUUUGAAGCUUGUUUUUUGUCUCCAUCUGUCCACUGUUGAAUUUUUUAAUCAUUUAAGAAUGUUAUCAUUUGAAGUAAGGUGAAAAGGUGAUGCGCAGGCAAUCCUCCUAAUGCCCUUUACAAA